GUCCGCGGUCGGAGCAGGCCUGCAGAGCGGGGCUGGGGCCGCCGUGAGGCGACGCUGACGCCCAGAGAACUGGGAGGCGGUGUCCCCUGCUGAGACCCCGAUGCCGGAGGAAGAACCACCUUCUCCAGACCCUACCCCUUCCCCAGAGGAAGGCACAGGAGAGGAAGGAAUGGUGGCUGGUAUUCUCAGAGCUGGGCCACAUGACUUCCAGUUCCCCAGCCUGGCAUGAACUCCCAGUUAGAACAAAGGGAAAGCCCAUGGAUGCUGGAGGGAGAAGGCCUAAGGAGUACCUGUCCAGACUGGAAGACAGUAUCUGAAUCGGCACCAGAGCCAAAUGUUUCUGAAGAGCCAUCCCAAGACACAAGGGUGGAGCUGCCCCCUGGGGAGUCAGAUCAUAGGAACUGUGAGCUGGGGAAGAGCUUCAACCUGAGACCAGUCCUUUCUCCACAACAGGGAGUUCCUAUAGAAGUGAGACCCCAUAAAUGUGACAGACAGACAAAGAGCUUCAGGAAGAAUUUAGACAUAAUUAAAUCUCACAGAGCGAAACCAUACACAUGUAAUGAAUGUGGCAAAGCCUUCAGUUACUGUUCUUCCCUGUCACAGCAUCAGAAGAGCCACACGGGGGAGAAGCCUUAUGAGUGCAAUGAGUGUGGGAAGGCCUUCAGCCAGAGCUCCUCUCUCAUUCAGCACCAGAGGAUUCACACUGGAGAGAAACCUUAUAAAUGCAGCGAGUGCGGAAGGGCCUUCAGCCAGAAUGCAAACCUCACAAAACACCAGCGAACUCAUACUGGAGAAAAGCCCUACAAAUGCACUGAGUGCGAGAAGGCUUUCAGCGACUGCUCGGCCCUUGUUCAGCAUCAGAGGAUUCACACUGGAGAGAAGCCCUAUGAAUGCAGCGACUGCGGAAAGGCCUUCCGACACAGCGCCAACCUCACCAACCACCAGAGGACUCACACAGGGGAGAAGCCCUACAAGUGCAGCGAGUGUGGGAAGGCCUUCAGUUACUGCGCUGCCUUCAUUCAGCAUCAGAGGAUCCACACAGGAGAGAAACCUUACAAAUGUAAUGCAUGCGGGAAGGCCUUCAGCCAGAGUGCAAACCUCACAAACCACCAGAGGACUCACACUGGAGAGAAACCCUACAAGUGCAGCGAGUGUGGGAAGGCCUUCAGCCAAAGUACGAACCUUAUAAUCCACCAAAAGACCCACACCGGGGAGAAGCCAUAUAAAUGUAACGAAUGCGGGAAAGUCUUCAGUGAAAGCUCAGCCCUCAUUCGCCAUCAUAUCAUUCACACUGGAGAAAAACCCUACGAAUGCAACGAGUGUGGCAAAGCGUUUAACCAGAGCUCAUCCCUCAGUCAGCACCAGAGAAUCCACACUGGUGUGAAACCCUACCAAUGCAGAGAGUGUGGGAAGGCCUUCAGAUGUAGCUCAGCUUUCAUUAGACACCAGAGACUCCACACUGGAGAGUAGCUGGGAACCUGACAGGUAGUUUGAAAGCCUCUGCAAACACCUGACUUUGGAUCCCAGAGUCACAUGUUUUUACACCUUUAAA